AUGGCAAAACUGGCAAAACGAAAACGACCAUCUCGGGAUGAGGAUGCCAGCCUGAGCGAAAGCCGAAACAACGAAUCGUCCACCAAUAAACGACCCCUUCGAGUUAGGGAAGACACUGAAUUUCCUUCAAAACCGAAAUGCUUUAGAAUUGAAGAGAUUCCUACCGCCGUGACAGAAGAGAAGCUUCAGCGUCAGCUGGCUCCGACUGUUGAUGGGCAAGAGUCGUCCAACCUUCAUCUGACCCUUGCUCGGUCAUUCGGCAAGUAUCAGACUGCAACCUUUAUGUCAACCGGUAUCCCAAGAAAUUUGGAAUACCCAUUUGAUUCGGAAUUCAUCGGCGUAACCCCAUUGUUUGAGCCAAAAGAUGCUGAAAUAGACAUUAUUGCAGUUCAUGGCCUAGGCAGCCAUGCCAUCGGCGGAUUCAAAAGUAAAGGGACCAGCCACGUUUGGCUACGUGACAGCCUCCCACACGAUAUCCCCAAUAGUCGAAUUCUUCUCUAUGGAUACGAUUCAUCGAUCAUGAACCAAAAUCAUAAGAUAUCAAUCCCUGGUUUAGGGAAAACCUUUUUGAACUCUUAUAAGACCUUUCGGAAGGAUACAAAGACGACUCAAAGACCGAUCAUCUUCCUCGGUCACAGCCUCGGUGGGCUUCUGAUCAAAGAGGCACUGUGCAUCGCCUUCGAUGGUGAGGGAGAUGCUCCAAACAGGGACUUUUGCAGGUCUUCAUACGGGCUGGUGUUUUUUGGUGUCCCAAAUCUGGGGCUAAAGCACGAAAACCUCAAAAAAAUCACUGGUGAACGUCCAGCCGAGCAACUCAUACACGAUCUCUCGAUAGACAAAGAAACAGAGCCGACGCCUUAUCUUGAAAGCCUUAAAUCCAGAUUUAUUAGCUGUCAUAAAAAGCAGGAUCCGCCAAUGAAAAUCAUAUCAUUUUAUGAGGAGAAGAAAACUCCUACUGUUACAGUUGGUAAUGCUGGGAAGCCGAAAAGAACAGGUGAAUCAUGCUUCAUGGUCACAAAAGAGUCAGCGUGUCGGAUCGGGUUUGAGGACGAUACACACAGCCAUCACCCGCUGCCUCUUGAUCAUUCCGAUUUAGUCAAAUUUGUGCGUCACGCGGAUCCGAGUUACAGGAUUGUCCAAGAUAAGUUGAGAGAUCUUGUUCAGGAAGGUUGUGAUUUUGUCCCUAGACGGUUCCAAUCAGAUAUCGUACUCUCUGAAGAACAGAAACGACAUUGGGAUGACUUGAAUGUCCCCGACUACCGAGCAUUUUAUGAAAAUAAAGAAAAGCUAGCAAAGCCGGUCGAAGGAUCACUUCAAUGGCUAGUGAGCAAGGAUUCUCAAAGACCGCGAGGCGAGAACAGCUUGCAAUACGAAGACUUCGAGGCAUGGAGGGACAACUCAACACCAUCUUCCCUUCUAGUGCUCGGACCGCCAGGGCUGGGAAAGUCAGUGCUGUCAAAUUUUGUGGUAAACCACAUCCAACAGUUUGCCAAAACCCGGUGCAACAACAAAGUCAUCUUCUUCUUCUGCAAUAUCAAGGAUGACAACAAACGAACUGCAUCAUCAGUUCUCCGGGGUUUAAUAGUACAGUUAUGCGGGGAUAAGAGAUACUUUCAGAAACUCCCAAAUCGAUUUCAAACGAAGGGGGGCUCUGAAGCCUUUCGUUCAGCCGCCUUUGAUGAACUCUGGCGAACCUUUGAUGAUUUGGUGCAGAGUGGGCAACAUAGUCGGAUCUUCUGCGUUAUAGACGGGCUGGAUGUGUACGAGACUGCAGGAAUGGAAGAUCUCGUCACCAAGCUGGGAGAGAUGGCAGGGCGAUGCCCAAUUUGGCUGUUCUUUACUAGCAGGCCCGAUGGCCCAGUGGGAAACUUCACGCCGGGAACAAAACGAAACCUUAGACAACCCAACCAUGACAUCGAAGUAUUUAUUACGAAACAACUGGAAUUGCUGCCCAAAAAUUUCGACAAAUUUCACACCGACAUUCGCCAGGGGAUUUUGGACGAGGCAGGAGGCACAUUCCUUUGGAUCCACAUCAUAUUAAGGGAGAUUCGCAACUUGAAAUUUCCCAGCCUCAAAAAUAUCAAACAAGUCAUCGAGGAAACGCCCCAGGAGCUUGAAGAUCUUUACACUACCCUCUUCCAGGCCGUCUCAAGAGGGAAACAUGCUAUCGCCAUUCUAGCUUGGGUGACAUAUGCCAAGAGACCACUUUCUUUGGAAGAAUUAGAAACAGCAGUGGCGGUUAUGAUCACUAAAGGCGGCCGUUGGGAGGAUUGCCUUGAGGAGAAGGUUUCUCUUGAUGCUGACUUAAUCAAAGAGAGUCUGGGGACUCUGAUUGAUGUUAUUGAUGGAAAGCUGUUUCUGAUCCACCAAUCAUUAUUAGACUUCCUAAAAGGCCGACCUGAAAUAUGGUAUGAAGGAGAUUUGGAAUUGCAGCUUCCGCAACCGAAUAUCGAAUUAGGGAGAACCUGUAUGAGGUACUUGAGUUUUGGCGAUAUCACCAUUCGAAGAGAUGCCAUCUCAGUUGAGGGAGAUUGUUCUGACAAAGAAGGGUCGAUCUUCCUUCGAUACGCCGCAAGAUAUUGGCAUAAACACAUAGAAAGCAUCGAUAACGUGAAAGACAGCAUCAACCUGUUACAAAGCAUUGUUCUGGGUUCAAAUCUUAACCACUGGACACAAGCGCAAGAUAAAAUAUUCCCGCAUCCUUUCUCUUUCUCCCAUAGGAUGUCGAUAUUUGACAUCUGUCUUAAGUUUGAUAUUGGAUGGCUUGCAAGUGGUCUGGCGGAUCCAAGUAUCCCAGAGCUUUCAUACAACUUCUCGAACCAUCACCUGACUCAAGCUGCUCUGAGGGCACCGAAUGUGCUUAAAAAUUUACUGCAAAAUGGGUUUCAGAUCACGCCUGAGAUAGUUGAAGUAGCAGCAGGGUGCGUUUAUGGGAAGGAGGCGCUCGAGCUUCUGCUAGAGGAGAGAGGCGAUGAGAUUCAGAUCACGCCUGAGGUAGUUAUGGCAGCAGCAAGGAAUGGCUAUAGGGAGGUGCUUGAGCUUCUGCUAGAGAAGAGAGGCGAUGAGAUUCAGAUCACGCCCAGGGCAGUUGUAGCGGCAAUAGAGAGUGAAUAUGGGACGGAGACGCUCAAGCUUCUACUAGAAAAGCGAGGUGAUAAGAUUCAGAUCACACCUGAGGUAGUUAUAGCAGCAGCAGGGAAUAGUCCUAGGGGGGUGCUUAAGCUGCUACUAGAGAGGCGAGGCGAUGAGAUUCAGAUCACACCUGAGGUGGUUAUAGCAGCAGUAAGGAAUGGUUAUAGGGGGGUGCUCGAGCUUCUGCUAGAGAAGAGAGGCGAUGAGAUUCAGAUCACACCUGAGGUGGUUAUGGCAGCAGCAGUGAACCAGUAUCAAGAGGAUGGGCUAAAUCUGCUGCUAGAGAAAAGAGGCGACGAGGUUCAGACUAUACUGAUAUCAAGCAAUCUUUACAGCGGGAAAAAGAUACAGGAGAUGGGAAGAGACGAGAUAUUAGAGUUGUGCAGAAUAGAUGAUGGGAAAGGUGGCUAG